AUGGCGGCAAUGGGUAAGACUGAGAAUGAAUUCGCCUCGAAGCUCCACGCGGCGCAGGCCAGACCCUUCCUGAGGGUUCUGGUUACUGGUGGGGCCGGUUUCCUCGGGUCCCAUCUCUGCCGAAGGUUGCUGGACGAAGGUCACCAGGUCAUCUGCCUCGACAACUUCUUCACCAGCCAGAAGCUAAACAUCCAGGACCUGUUCGACCGGCCCAACUUUGAGUUCGUCCGUCACGACAUCACGGAGCCAUUCCGGGCAGAGGUGGAUCAGAUCUACAACAUGGCGUGCCCGGCCUCUCCGGUGCACUACCAGUACAACCCCAUCAAGACCACCAAGGUGAGUGUGUUGUGCGAACUCCGUUAUUCUCGAGGUCUGAGCCCACCGGACGCUUGUGAUGCGUUAUUCUUUUCCUGUCUGUCUACCUGGCGUCGACCGCGCUAA